AUGGCUUCCAGCGUGCGGCAGCCAUGGCACCUCCUCCUGAUCGUCCUCCUCCCGUCCUUGGCCAUGGCGACGGUGUUCGACAACAACUACGUGCCCUCGUGGGGCGCAGACGGCUACCACCUCGUCGACCAGGGCACGGAGCCCCGUCUCACCAUGGACAGAACCUCCGGCGCAGGGUUCCGCUCCAGGUCGACGUACGGGUCGGGGUUCUUCCGCAUGAGGAUCAAGGUGCCCGGAGGGUACACGGCCGGAGUCGUCACAGCCUUCUAUCUGGCGUCGGAAGCACCUUAUGAUGGCAGUGACCGCGACGAGGUGGACUUCGAGUUCCUGGGCAACGUGGACGGCGAGAACAUCACCCUCCAGACCAACGUCUUCGUCAACGGCGACGGCGACAGGGAGCAGAGGCUCAACCUGUGGUUCGACCCGGCAGCCGACUUCCACGAGUACAAGAUACUCUGGAACCCUUACCAGCUCGUGAUAUUGGUGGACGAUGUGCCGAUACGGGUGCUGAGGAACCUGACGGGGCAGGUGCCGGAGUACGAGUUCCCGGCGAAGCAGAUGGGCGUGCGGGCGAGCCUGUGGGACGGCUCCGACUGGGCGACGGACGGCGGCAGGAUCAAGAUCGACUGGGGCCGCGCGCCCUUCACCGCGGGGUUCCGGGGCUUCGACGUCGACGCCUGCGCUAACACCAGCUCGACGCCGUGCGACUCGACGGACCUGUGGUGGAACGCCCGCAGGCACAGGCGGCUGUCCGUCCGGGAGCAGGCGGCCUACGAGCACGUCCGGAGGACGUACAUGAACUACGACUACUGCGCCGACAAGGAUCGGUUCCAGAAUGGCAAGGUGCCGGUUGAGUGCAGCUACACUACAUAGCCUGGUACUAGCUUCGUUGGAUAAGAUCGAUUUCUAGUUAAGAUGGUUAUGCAUGAUUAAAGGAGGCCCUCAGCCAAUAUGUUAGAAUCGAAUAAUAUUUUUUGAGCAUCAGUACAGACACAAGCGCUCAUAUACACGCGCGUACACUCACCCCUAUGAACGCACACACGCACACCCUACUCCUAUGAGCACCUCCGAGAGACUGAGCCGGCAUAUCAUCUUGAGAUUUACGAAGUCACCGUAGGCGCCUCGUCGUCGACGGGAACGUCUCCUCCUACUGAA